AUGAUAGGGGCAGCAAAAGCACUAAUCCUCGCCGGUUUAUCAAUUCGGAGAAUCUGUGCCCCGCGAAAACGGAUGAGGACAAAGUUAAACUACGUGUGGAAGUUGCGACUCAAUUUGUUGGCCGAUUCGAGGAGAAUGGCUUCGAAUAAGGUGCUCACCGCUUCAUCAAUCAAUCCAAAUGUGUUGACAAUGCAAUAUGCGGUGAGAGGCCCGAUUGUCAUCCGUGCCAACGAACUCGAGAAAGAGCUCAAGAAGGGAGACCACAAGACGUUCAGCACUGUGAUCAAGGCGAACAUUGGUGAUGCGCACGCGAUGGGACAACGACCGAUUACUUUCAUUCGACAGGUAUUGGCGUGUGUUUCUGAUCCCUCGUUGAUGUCGACUGAUGGUCCUUUCUCAUUCCCAGCUGAUGUUGUCGAUCAUGCGAAAGCCAUCCUCGACGAUUGUGGUGGAGGCUCGACCGGCGCCUACAGCAAUUCGACAGGAGUCGACAUUAUCAGGAAGCAUGUAGCUGAAUACAUCUCGAAGAGAGAUGGUGGAAUCCCCUGUGACCCGGAAGAUGUGAUCCUUUCCGGUGGUGCAUCAGAGAGCAUUAGAAACGUGCUCAAACUUUUUAUCAACAGAGAUUCAUCGAAAAAGACUGGCAUUAUGAUCCCGAUUCCACAAUAUCCACUCUACUCGGCAUCGAUCGAGGAAUUCAAUCUUGGACAGGUUGGCUAUUUCCUGGACGAGGAAGCAGGAUGGGGACUGAAUGAAGCCGAAUUGGAACGCUCGUUGAAAGAGGCAAAAUAUGACGUGAAAGCUAUUGUCAUCAUCAACCCUGGAAAUCCGACUGGACAGGUGCUCAGCCGUGAAAACAUUGAGGUGAUUGUCCGAUUCGCCCAGAAGCACAACUUGUUUGUGUUGGCCGAUGAAGUGUAUCAAGACAACGUUUAUGCAGCGGGAUCCGCUUUCCAUUCGUUCAAGAAAGUCGCCUCAGAAAUGGGAGCUCCAUUCAACAAGAUUGAAUUGGCUUCAUUCCAUUCGGUUUCAAAGGGAUACAUGGGCGAGUGCGGAAUGCGAGGAGGAUACGUGGAGUUCCUAAAUCUUGAUCCAGAAGUGUAUGUUCAAUUCAAGAAAAUGAUCUCGGCCAAACUCUGUUCAACAGUUUUAGGACAGGUUGUCAUUGAUACGGUUGUCAACCCACCAAAGCCCGGAGAGCCAUCGUACGAUUUGUGGAAACGAGAGAGGGAUGAUGUAUUAGCCUCUUUGAAACAACGUGCAACCCUUGUGCGUGAGGCUUAUGGGGCAAUUGAGGGCAUCACUUGCAAUCCAGUUCAGGGUGCUAUGUACGCCUUCCCGAGAAUACACCUCCCACCAAAGGCCGUUCAGAAAGCUGAGUCCCUUGGUCAAAAACCUGACUUCUAUUAUGCGAUGCGUUUGUUGGAAGAGGCGGGCAUUUGCAUUGUGCCUGGAUCUGGAUUUGGACAGCGAGAUGGAACUUAUCAUUUCAGAACAACAAUUCUCCCACAACCAGCGCUUUUCAAGGAAAUGUUGGAUCGCUUCUCGAAGUUCCACAAAAAAUUCAUGGCUGAGUUUAAA